AUGCCUAAGAGAAAGUCACUCACUGGCAGUAAAGAGCGCAAGAGGGAUGCUAUGAGGAAGAGGCAAAAGAGACUUCAGUCCUGCCCUGAUCCUCCAUUAGAAGAAACACUGACAGUGGAUGCAGCUGCUCCUGGUUCAGAGUGUGGCUCUAUAGGGUUGCCACCUACUUCGCUAAAACCCUUGGCCAGGGUGCAGGCCUCUCCUAGUGAGAAAAUGCACUCAGCCCCGAGGUUGUCACCUCCUCGGGGAAGUCGUCUGAUUGUCCCAAAGGACAAGGUAGCAUCCCCUGACUCCCCAGCGCGGGUUUGUACUCCACCGAGAGUACCUGAAUCGGACAUUUGGAUGAUGUCUGGUUCAGCAGAGGAAAAUAAAGGAAAUGUAGAGGAAAACAAAGGAAAUAUAUUAGAAACUAAGAAAAUGAUAGAGGAAUCAGAGAAAUUUGAAAAGAAAUCAGAAUUUGAAAAGAAAUCAGAAAUUUGUGAUAGAGAAUCUAAAGAAUCUGUCCAGGUAUAUAGACAAGAUGUUAGAGCAAGUGAAGGUAAAUGUUUGAGAAAUCAGAAUUUGUCUGUUCAAGGCUCAUUUCAUCAGGGAGAUCCAAUGUUUGGUGAAAAUGCUGGAACUCAGUGUGUAGCUAACUCUUUAACAGCACUGGCAUAUCAUCAACUGAAGAAUUGUGAACAAUGGCAAUCAGCAGAUAUGAACAAAAUAUUGGCAACAGGAGAUGAGUUGUAUUCAUAUUUACAGUGCAGUUCUACAGUUGCAAGCAGAUACCUUUUAGUAAGUGAGUUGCCUCAGUUUUUCGAAUGCUUUGGUAGACUGUAUGAGUUUAAAGCAAACGAGUCUUUACCAACUCUGAUAAACUUAGCAAAUGUAGUACUGGAUUAUGCUGAAUUCAAUGCUCAUGAAUUGUCAGAGGCACUUCAAAUAGCCCUUGAUGACAGUGAUGGGUGUUUUGUAUGUUUUGGCGGAAAUACAUUUUUGAUAGGGAAAUCACACAAUAAUUUUUUCACAUUUGAUUCCCACUCAAGGUCUUCUGCAGGUUUUCAAAGUGUAAACGGUAGAAGUACACGAGUUUUGUACGAAUCCGUUCAAGAUUUAUGCAAUCAUGUUCUGUCUUUAGCUAGGUCAAUGGGUUAUACUGAAGCAAUUGAGUGUGAAAUAACUGGAGUGCAAUGUUCAGCUCGACAGCUACAAAAUGAUGAUGAGGUAGAAUUUGUUGGGAGUGAGAACCGUCAGAUAAGAUUUUUACCACUUUCAUGUGAUCAAAAGAAAACACUAUGUGAAAUCUUUGGAAUACCAUUUUCUGUGAAUGAGUGUGAAAAUCAACAUCAGUAUGGACAGGAAAUUACAGUACCAAAGAGCACUGUACCAGUUGAGCCAGAUGGAAAUUGUUUCUUUCGAGCAAUCUCAUUCUGUUUGACGGGAAAGCAAGACUACCAUCAGACAAUACGUUUAGCAAUAUGCAAUCACCUGUUGGAAAAUGGUUUACUUUUCACAUCUUUCUUAAGGUCAGGUGAAAAUUCUGUAGAAAACCACAUUUCUGUGUCGGGCAUGCUCAUGGAUGGAAAGUGGGCAACUGAAGUAGAGAUUCUAGCACUAUCCCAUUUACUGAAAAGUGAAAUUCAUACAUACUCACAGAACAGAUGGGUCACUUAUUCUGGACAAAUGGUGAAUUCAGAAGAAAACAUGUUCUCACAGAGGGGCAUUUAUCUAGAUCAUAUAAAUCAAAAUCAUUAUAAUGUUGUUACAUCCAUUACAAAUGGAGGAGAAAUUGAUACAGAGAAAAACCAGAAGAAACGACAACAAGAAUGCAUUUUAUUACAAAAUGAAAGAUACAAAAUUUCAGAUGUUAGUGCUGAAAAAAAGAAAUUGUUGAGGAAAAACUUGAAGUACAGAACAGACCCAAAAUUUAAAACAAAAUGCAUUGCAGAUGCUAAGAAAAGAUACAAAAAUGAUAAAAACUAUCGUGAAAAUUCAAAACAACUAGGUAUUAACAGAUAUAAAACUGACCAGCUACACAAAGAAAAAGUGAAAGAAAGAAGUAAACAAAAGUAUGAAACAAACAAGCUUCACAAAGAGAAUGUCAAACAAAGAAGCAGAGAGAAGUAUAAAACAAACCAGGCACACAAAGAGGACAUCAAACAAAGAAGCAGACAGAAGUACGAAACAAAUCAGACCCACAAAGAGGAUGUCAAACAAAGAAGCAGACAGAAGUAUGAAACAAAUCAGACCCACAAAGAGGAUGUCAAACAAAGAAGCAGACAGAAGUAUGAAACAAACCAGGCUCACAAAGAGGAUGUCAAGCAGAGAAGCAAAGAGAAGUAUAAAACAAACAACGCACACAAAGAAGACGUCAAACAAAGAAGCAGACAGAAGUAUGAAAUAAACCAGACACACAGAGAGGAAGUCAAACAAAGGAGCAGAGAGAAGUAUAAAACAAAUCAUACCCAUAAAGAGGAAGUUAAACAAAGAGGCAGACAAAAGUAUAAAACAAACAAACAACAUCAAGAGAAGGUUAAAAAAGCCAGUAAAAUUAAAUAUCAUUCCAGUGCAGAAACAAAGGAACAGAAAAAGGAAUCGGUACAAAAACAAAGACAAGCCUUGUAUGAAAUGCUUGAAAAUAUCGAUGAAGUAGUGAAAUCAUUUAAAAAUUGUGUUGGACAUGGACCUGAAUAUGUAUGUUGCUGCUGCCAUCGCCUUUUGUUUGAAAAUCAGGUACAAGGAUGUACGCUUCAAAUGUAUGAGAAAAAUAUAAAGGCAGAUCAUGUUGCAAAUUUAUGCAUUGAUAAGAAAUAUGUUCAUACUUGUGCAUCUGGAUGUUCUCCUUAUUGUCCCAAAGCAAGAACAUGGAUUUGUUUUACAUGCCAUAGAAAAAUUUUAAGUGGAAAUGUUCCGGCUGAAGCAGCUUUCAAUAAAAUGUGUUUGGAAGAUAUUCCACCAGAACUCAAUAGCCUGAAUACUUUAGAGCAGCAUUUAAUUGCUCUGCAUAUACCAUUCAUGAAAGUAACCAUGCUUCCAAAAGGUGGCCAACAAAAUGUACAUGGACCUGUUGUAUGUGUGCCAUCAAACAUUAAAAAAACAAGCAGUUUACCUCUGAAUGAAAAUGAAAAUCUCGUGUUACGAGUUAAACUGAAACGAAAGUUGUCAUACAAGGGAUAUUAUGAAUAUCAGUUUGUAAAUCCAAAUCACGUGAAAAUUGCUCUCAACUACCUGAAAGAAAACAAUCAGUGGUAUCAUGAUGUUGAAAUCAACACAACAUGGGAGAAGGAUAAUGACCAAAGUAACUUAUUCAGCCAGGCAGAAGCAUUAGACAAUGAAGAAAUAAUUGAGGAACAGAAUAGUGUAAUUCAAGAAGUUGCCACAGAUACUUGUUUACAGCCUGUAGAUAUUGCGCAAGAAGUUCUUGAUCACUACUUUGAUGAUGUUUACAAUCUUGCUCCAGGUGAAGGACAGAAUCCAGUAAGAAUGUUGCAAGAGGAGGGCAAUGAAGCAAAAACUUUUCCUCAUUUAUUUCCUACUGGAAAAUAUUCAUGGAAUGAAAGUCGAGAUGUAAGGAUUACCCUUUCUCGAUAUUUUAACAACAGACUGAUGAAUGCAGAUAACAGAUUUGCAAAGGAUACCAAUUACAUUUUCUUUUGUCAGUACUUAUCUGAAUUGAACCAGGUAAUUGAGAAAACACAAAUUUCAAUUCGCAAGUCUGUAUCGAAACUUGAUGGAGGGAUACCUGUCACGUCAGAAAUGUUACAAAAUCCUGUUCUGCUUGCAAGACUGCUUAAGAGUGAUGAGGCUAUGCGAUUUAUGCAACCAAUUAGAGGAACACCUGCAUAUUGGUCAAGUACACAAAAAGAUCUUUUUGCUAUGCUUCGACAACUUGGAAUCCCCACAUGGUUUUGUUCUUUUUCUGCAGCAGAAUUCAGGUGGAAUGAAAUACUGGGUUCAAUAAUGCUACAUAUGAAUGACAAUAGAAAUCCCUCUGAUCUAGAUUGGUCUGAAAAAAGUGAAAUUCUGAGAAGCAAUCCUGUAACGGUUGCUAGAAUGUUUGAACAUAGGUUCCAUAUAUUCCAGAACAAUGUAAUAAUGUCACCAGCAAAACCCAUAGGAACUAUUGUAGAUUACUUUGUACGAGUUGAGUUUCAGCAGAGGGGUUCUCCUCAUAUGCACUGCUUGUACUGGGUUGAGAAUGCUCCAAAAUUAGAUGAGGACAGUGAGGAGACUGUUUGUCAUUUCAUUGAUAGGCAUAUUACAUGUGCUCUGCCAUCGGAGGACAUUGACCAAGAACUUAGACAAAUUGUAUUGGAUGUACAACAACACAGCAAAGGACACUCAAAAUCAUGUAGGAAGAAAGGAACAGAAUGUAGGUUCAAUUUUCCAAGACCGCCUUCAGAGUGCACAUUCAUUUCAAGACAAUUGGAACAAAAUGUGGAUGAUUCAAGUAGCGAGUUAGGAAGUGUGCAAGCAAAGGAGAUUUUGUUGAAGGUGUGGAAUGAAGUAGUGGAUGAUGCUAAUGCAUGUAAAACAACAGAGGCGAUAUUUAGCAAUAUUAACCUAUCACAGGAGUUGUAUGAAAAAGCACACAGAGUAUUGGCCUCUAAAACAACGACAGUUUUGAAACGAAAUCCAACAGAAAUGUGGACAAAUCAAUACAACCCAUGUCUGCUCAAAAGCUGGGAUGCUAAUAUGGAUAUACAGUAUGUAUUGGACCCUUUCAGCUGCAUUGUCUACAUUAUAUCAUACAUUUCAAAGUCUGAGAGGGAAAUGGGAAUGCUAUUAAAGCAAACUCAAAUAGAAGCAGCAGAGGGAAAUUUGAGUGCACAUGAUACCAUCAAGAGGGUAGGAUCAGCUUAUCUAAAUCACAGAGAGGUCAGUGCACAGGAAGCAGUAUACAGGGUGUGCAAUCUUAAGAUGAAAGAAAGUUCACGAAAAGUCAUUUUCAUACCUGUUGGGGAAAAUCCAACUCGUUUGAGUAAGCCUCUUGCACAAAUAAAAAAGAAUCAGCAAGUUGAGGUUGGUGAAAAUGAUUUAAUAGCAGAUGACAAUGAUGAUGAAGAAGAUAGUAUGUGGAUGACAAAUAUUGUGGACAGAUAUGAAAACCGUCCGGAGUUAAAUCUUUUCCAUAAAAUGUGUCUCGCUGAAUUUUGUUCAGAGUACAGAGUGCUUAGUAAAUCUCAGAUUCCUAAGGGCAAAAAAGAUGGUGUGUAUGAAUUGAGAAAUGGAAAGGGUUUCAUUCAAAAGAGAAGUAGAGGCAAACCUGCUGUUAUACGAUAUCCAAGAUUCCAUCGAGAUAAUGCACCUGAGAAAUAUUAUCAGUGUCUGCUACAACUUUUUCUUCCAUACUGGAAUCUGAAUCAGUUGAGACCAACUGGAUUUGAUUUGUACCAGACAUUUUAUGAGAGUGGACAUGUGAGAGUGAAACCAAACACAAACUUAGAAAAAGUAAAAAACAUAGUGGAUAGUAAUCAUGCUUACUUUUCAAAAAGUGAGGAUGAUAUUGAAAAUGCCCAGGAUGCAUUAGAAAUGCUUGGUGAACCAGAGGACGCAUGGGCAAGUUUAUGUCCAGAAACAGAAUUGAAUAGAAGAGAAUGUUUGAAUGAAAAAUCAAGAAAUGAGCAGGAGAAUACAGAAUCAGAGGUCACAAAUGAAAUUGAGUGCAGUGGUUCUGAAGAUGCUAUAUAUCAUUUAAGGGAAACUCAAACCACCAGAAAAGAGAUGCUACCUUUACUGUGCAGUUUGAAUGACAAACAGAAGCUGAUUUUUUAUGCUGUUCAUGAAUGGUGUAUCAAGAAAAUAUCUGGAGACAAUGUAAAACCUAUGUACAUUUUUAUAACUGGAGGAGCAGGGACAGGGAAAAGCCAUCUGAUUAAGACAAUACACUACGAAGCAUCUCGUCUCUUUGAAAAAUCACUGCCUUCUCCAAAUGCAGUAUCAGUGAUUCUCACAGCAUUUACAGGAACAGCUGCAUUCAAUAUUGGAGGAAAUACCAUACAUCAUGUGUUUUCUUUAACAAAAGCUUUACCAAUUCCAUAUCAACCCUUGAAGGAACAAAGUUUGAGUGGGAUAAGAACCAGACUAGAACAUUUGCAGAUUUUGGUCAUUGAUGAGGUUUCCAUGGUGUACAAAAGACUCUUGUAUUACAUUCAUGAACGACUUGUCCAAAUAAAAAAGUGUAAAGAACCAUUUGGUGGCGUAUCUGUGAUAGCAGUUGGAGAUUUUUAUCAACUUCCACCUGUUAAACAGCGAAAAGAUGAGAGGUUGUAUAAAGAAAAUGGUUCAUAUCCAAUUGACUACUGGCUAGAUCUCUUCAAAAUUGUGGAGUUGGACGAAAUAAUGCGACAACGUGAAGAUAAAGCAUUUGCAACUGUUCUGAAUUCACUGCGUAUUCGAACAUGUGAAGAACCCUUAUCAGAUGAAGCAUUGGAAACACUGCGGGAAUGCAUCAGAGAAGGACCAGAUGAUGUUCUUCAUGUUUAUUCUACAAACCAAGAGGCAAAUGAAUACAAUCUUAAAAUGUUGCAUGGGAAUUGUGAGGAAUUAAUUGAAGUGCAUGCUGAUGAUUAUCAGAAAGACAAAACAACAGGAAAAUUAACUUUACGUGACAAACCUUUAGUUAGUACCCGAGUUGAUGGUCUCUCUGCUUCCUUACUUUUGGCUGUGAAUGCAAGAGUAAUGCUAACACGAAAUGUAAAUGUUGAGGAUGGACUAGUGAAUGGUGCAAUGGGAUAUAUUUCAAGUUUUAUGUUUAAAAGAACAAAGCCUGCACAUGCAGUAGAAGUAGUUGAAGUCAUUUUUGAUAGUUCCAGUAUUGGUAAAAUACAAGGGAAGAAAACACCAAAAGGAAAUAUUGUCCCAAUUAAAAGAGUCGAGGAAGAGAUAAAUGAGAAAAAUAUAAAGAGUGUUGUCAGGCAUCAAUUUCCACUGAAACUGUCAUGGGCAUGCACAGCACAUAAAGUUCAAGGCAUGACUGCCAAGAAUGUUGUUGUGAAUUUAGAUCGGACUUUCUCUCCUGGUCAAGCAUAUGUUGCCAUCAGCCGAGUAACUUCAAAAGAUGGUCUUUUCAUUGAGACAAAUGAUGAAAGUGUCCUGCAGAAAAAAAUUUAUGCUGAUUUAGAUGUGAAAUUAGCCCUCAAUAGAAUGGAGAGAUACAUUUUAGAUGAAGAAUGGACAUGCAAUUUAACAAAGUUUCGAAAUUACAAAACAAUUCUUUUGUUUAAUGUACAGAGUUUGAGAGGACACUUUCAGGAGAUGAAUUGUGACAACAGGUUAAUGAAAGCUGAUUUUGUAUGUUUAACAGAAACAUGGCUGAGAGAACAUGAGAACAUUCAAGAUAUUGAAAUUUCAGGGUUUGACUUUCACCAUAUUGCACGUAACCAGUGUUACAAUGAUAGUGAAGAUGUGAUGACAAGAUUGAAAACAGCUAAAGGUGGUGGGGUUGGCGUGUACAAGAAGAAAACAAAUGAGACAAUCUUGAUCAAUGCUUUAGAAUACAAGAAUGUAGAGGGAUUAACUGUAGAAAUACAUGAGGAGGAUAUUGCAAUCAUUGUGCUCUACCGACCAAGUGUACUGCCUGUAAACAGUUUUCUCGACACAUUGCAAAAAGUGGUGGAUUUUUACAAGAAACGCUUUAGCAACUUGAUUAUUAUUGGUGACAUGAAUGAAGAUGCUAAAGUGCAAGGACCCAUACAAACGUUUUUUGAAUCAAUGGGAUUUAUGCAAUUAGUGCACUUUUACACAACAGAAGGUGGAACAAUAUUAGAUCAUGUAUAUGUUACUGGUUCUCUGGAAGCCUGUGUGCACAAAAAAUCAUUGUUUUUCAGUUAUCACGAAGCCAUUGAAAUUCAUGUGAGAAAUCAAUAA